AUGUCCACCCCCAACGAUCUUCAGGCUCUGCUGGCCAGCAUCCGGCCUCGUCCUUCUCCGACCAACGCUGCCGGCCAGGAUACCUCCCAGCCUCAGCGUCCGUCGCAGUACCAGCAUCCGGGUAUGUUCCCACCGCACCCACAGCAGCAGCAGCCAUACGACGGACAGAGCUUCGCCUACCCCCAGCCUCAUGGCUACCACCAUCCUUCGGUCUCCUCGAAUAUCCAAAGCCCUGCGCCUGUCAAUACCCCGCCUCACCACGGCUCUGACAUUCUGAGCCCCAAUGUCCCGACGCCUCGCAACGAGUGGCCUCCGCAGCAGCCACAGCAAGCCCAGCCCGACCGCGCCGCAAACUUGUUGAAUCUCCUCAAGUUUAAGCAGGUUGCCAGCCCUGCUGCGCAGCCGCAGGUGCCGAUCGAGCAGCCUCCGUCCCUGCCAGGCCAGGAAGCCGCCUCGCCGCACGAGCGAAACAUUUCCGCGUCUGACUUUGUUGCUUCUCUGUUCGGCAAGCAGGCUGCCCCUGCUGCUGCUCCCCCGGUGCAGCCCAGUCAAUCCGCCGCCAAUGCCGCUGGUCCCAGCGAGAAUACCCAGGAGAUGUUGCUUCGUCUGCUCAACCGGCACCAGCCUGUGGGACUCGACGGAGAAGAAUCGCCGGCUUUGGCUGAGGCUUUGCGUCCUCAGGAAACCAAGGAAACCCUUAUGGAAGUCAUGGAGUCUACUCCAGUGGAGCCUGCGAAACCCGAAAAGGUCGCAUCUCCUCCUUCCAAGGAGUCGUUGUUUACCUACGUCAACCCCUUUGAUCAAUUGGCCGCCGUCUCGCCUCGUAACAAGUCCCCGCAGCCCAAGCAUACCCCUGAGACCCAGCCGAAGGUGUCCCAGACUAAGAGGCAGAAGAUUAAUCCUGAGUCCACCCCUGUGCUUGAAAUCAAGACAGGAGCGAGUCCCCCUGUUUUGGAUGAGGCACAGCAGCAGGCUGUAAAUGACGUCGUCGGUCGUCUCGUGGACCAGAUUGGCCGUUCACUCAGCGGCAGUGAACCUAAGCCCACAGCGAAAGCUUCUAUUCCCACCGAUCCGGAGCAGUCGACCCAGGGGGUUCUAUCGUCUGUUGCCAGUCACUUGCGAGAGACCGCCGGCGAAGCGAAACAGGCAGCCGCGGAACCCGCGACAGACGCCACUGCAGCCCCCGCUGGACAGGAUGCGAAUCAAAAUGCCGAAGCUCUGGCUGAUAGCUGGGAGAGUGCCGAGGAUAGUGCUGAAAAGGAGGAAGAGCGCGUUAUUUCCGUCCACAACUUCCCUCUCCGGCCGUUCAUUACCAUCGCCGUGAAGUCGCAAUCCGGAAAGCUGCCGACAUUCCGUGAUGAUGGAGUCAUGGACAUUGCUCGCCUGAAAAAGGAGUUUGAUCAGCUGGAUCGGUCCCUGACCGCGGCAACUUCUGAAUACAUCGUUUACGCCCUCGCCAAGACUGGGGGUAUCAGAAUUAUUCGACAGGACGAUGGCAGUGAUCGCCAGGUUUUCCGUUCUACUCGUGACCGGAUAUUCAAUGUCGCUCUCUGUACGUCGCCGUCUGCCACCGGCGCCUCCGAGGUGCAGGCAAUCCUUGGAAUUGGAGUCAGUGGCGCCGUGUACUGGGCGUUAAUCUCUCACUACGACAAAGACUUGUUUGAUCUGGAUGCUCUGGAGAGCGAGAGUCUGAUAUUCCCUCCUUUCCCGGCCUCUGACGAGAACACCUCCGGCGGCCAGCUGAAAACGCGGGCUAAGCGGAGCACUCGUCAUCCCGAUCUGUUCGCCAUCGGUCGGGGAAAGAACAUCUAUGUCGUGUCUCCCCGGGCUGCGAUGAACUCUGAAUACGGCGUCACUGGUUCUCAGCGCACGGUCAACACGGAGAAGUUCCUGAAGGAGCGUGCCCUGAAGAUUUCAACUGGCAAAGCCGGUAAGGAUUUUGCCUUUAGUGACGACGAUACCAUCAUCGCUUCGCUCGACAAGACCGGCCGACUGCGCUUCUGGGACAUCUCCGAUGUCCUCGAUGACCCCAAUUUCAUCGACGGUGUCGUAUCGAAUCUGAAUGAGGUCCGAGUCCCGCUCAACACGUUUGUGACUGGCUCCCCCGCGGAGAAGUCGUGGCCCACGUCGGUGCUGUUCAUCGACAAACUACGAGCUUACUCAAAGAACAUGGCACUCCGCUAUGUUCUGGUCGGGCUCAAGCAAAACCACACCUUACAGCUCUGGGAUAUUGGGCUGGGCAAGGCUGUGCAAGAGCUGAAGUUCCCGCACGAGAACGAGUCGGACGCCAUAUGCAGCGUCAACUACCAUCCAUCAUCGGGGAUUAUUGUCGUUGGACAUCCCACUCGCAAUUCGAUAUACUUUGUUCACCUGUCUGCCCCUCGGUAUAAUCUGGGACAGAUGACGCAGACGGCGUAUAUCAGAGCUGCCAGUGAGAAGGACAGUACUCUUCCGAAGCCCGAGUCUACCGCCUGUCUGAGCGGCAUCCGGGAGAUCUCUCUUGGGUCCAAGGGCCAGCUGCGAAGCUUGGAGAUUCUUCCCAUCACGAAAUCCAGCCGUGGUACUGAGGACACCGGUCUAUUUGAGCUCUAUGUGAUGCAUUCGCGCGGGGUCACCUGCCUGACCAUCAAGAAGGAAGACCUGGGCUGGACGUCCGAUAACAAGGUCAUCCGUCCUGUCGAUGCAUUGGGAGAAGGCCGUAUCGAAAUCAGCGAACUUCAGUCCUUCCCCAGCUACGUUACUGACGACCCGUCUAUCAAUGGUGAUUCGGCUUCUACUCCUUCUCGUGCGACCACCAAAGAGCCACCGAAGAAAGUGGAGAUUGCCGAAUCGGUUAGCGGUGCUACUCCUUCGCGCAACACAUCGCCGACCAAGCAAUCCAAGAAGAAGGGUGGUGAGGAGCAGCCUGAGGCACCCAGCGGAACCGAUAAGUCUGAAAAGAAGAAGAAAAAGAAAGCCGCUGCCGAAGCCAAGGCAAAAGAACCUACCGCCACUGUUGGUGUCGAAACGCUGCCCAGUGAGCAGUCAAAGAACGGAACACUUGCCUCGUCCACGUCCACCGCUGCUAUGAAUGCAACUCAGGCGGCGGACCGUGGCAUUCAACCUGGUGUCGUCUCUGCGCUCCCUAGUGGUUUGUCGGCCGACACCUUGAACAAGCAUCUCGAGACGCUCCAAAACAGCGUUUCUAGUGAGUUCAAUAAGAGCCUUGGGCGCGAGUUUGAAGACUUGUACCGUCGGUUUGACGACGAGCGUCGCAGCUGGGAUGCUGCCUCAUCUGCAAAGCAGGAUCAAGUCCUGCGGCUGGUCUCCAGUACGCUGUCUGACAAUGUAGAGCAGAAUCUGGCUCGCAUCGUCUCCAGCAGCAUCCAGAGUGAUGUGGUUCCUGCUAUCACUGAUGCCGCCACCACCGCGGCUGGCAAGCAGCUGAACAGCAUCGUCUCCCAGCAUCUUGGCGCAACUAUCACAGACGAACUUCGUCAGGCUCUUCCCAAGGCGGUGACCAAUGCCUUGCAGCAGCCAGCGGUGAUUAAAUCCGUCUCGGAUUCAGUCGCUCAGAAGGUUGCACCUCGUGUUGAGGCUGAGGUGUCCAAGACUGUGCAGAGCUCUAUCGCUCCCCUGAUCCAGAACCUGGCGCGUUCCACCAAGAAGGCCGAGACAGACAUGGAAAACCAUUUCCAGGCCCAGAUCAAGCGCUACGAGGCGCAGCGCCAGAGUGAUAAUGCGAAGAUUGAGGAGAUGUCGGUCAUGCUGCGGGAUCUUUCGAACACUGUGGCUUCUCUGGUUGUCACCCAGCGCCAGGGACAGGGCCAGAGUCCAGUCGCAAAUGUCAAACGCGCUUCGGUCGCCGCUUCAGCUUCCCGUCCAAGCGAUACCAACGCGCGCGCUCCUCCACCGCAGGCGGCAUCUCGAGCUGCGCCGCCUCCCGCGGCCCCUGGUCCCGUCCCUGCUGCGGCCCUGUCUGCUCCCCCGAGGAGCGCUGAGGAAGCUGAACUGACCGAGAUUAUGCAAUUGAUCAACGCCGGGCAGUUCGAGGAGGGAUCUAUCAAAUGGCUGCAAUCGUCGCAACAGGCCGACCUGUUCGACAACUUCUUCGUCCGCGUGCCCCCAUCCUACCUGGCCCGCCUUUCGCCGAUCAUGACGCUGUCCGUGGGCGUCGCUGUCACCUCAUCUCUGCAGACGAACAUCUCUCAGCGUCUCUCCUGGCUGGAAGUCGUCCUCCAGACCGUCGAUGCCAGGGACAACGAUCUCCGCGAAGUCGCGCCCCGGAUCAUGGAUAUCCUGAGCCAACGUCUUAACAACCUGUACAUGACCGUUGCCGAGCGCAACCCCCACGACCCGAUUCUCCGAAUGAUUGCGCCGCUUUCGCGUCGUGCGCGCGAGCUGCAUGAUCAGAGCAAGUAA